UAAGAAGCAUUCAUCAGUCACGUGCAUUAUACUCGUACAUACAAAUGUCGCAUAAAGAACGCAGAUCGUUGACGACGAGAGGUCUGAUUGUGCUUCUACGAGUCCAGAUACUGAAGCUCGACUAAAAUCUGAAGGAUUCCGCAGCGUUACUGGUGGUUUAGGAAGAUGAAUGCGUGGGUGCUGGUGGCAGCCCUGCUCUGCGCCGCGCCCCUGCAUCCAGCUGGUGCGGCAAACGUGCUGGGCCUGUUUCCGUACCCGGGCGCCAGCCACUUCGUGGUGUACGAGCCCCUCAUGAAGGCCCUGGCUGCUCGAGGGCACCGAGUGACCGUCUACAGCCACUUCCCGCAGCGCCAGCCGUCGCCCAACUACAGGGACGUCAGCUUGGUGGGCUCCAUGCCCCUAGUGGUAGAGAACGUCCCUUUCUUCCCAGGGAUCGGAACCAACAACAUUUUCACAGACGUGUGCGGUAUCGAGGCGACAGCUCUGAACACGUGCGAGGCUACACUUGAGUCUCGCGCUAUGCAGGAACUUAUGAAAUCCAACGAGUCGUUCGAUCUCGUCUUUACUGAAAUGUUCCAAUCCGACUGUAUGCUGCCUUUUGUGCACAAGUUCCAGGCGCCCCACAUCGCCAUGUUCUCCUCCGUCCACAUGACGUGGACCGAUUACCGGUUCGGCAAUCCGACUAACCCUUCCUACAUCCCUACCCAGUUCUCUCCAGGAAUCUAUAGGAUGAACUUCAUCCAGCGCCUGAAGAACACGUUCUUCUCCGUGUACCUAAACUGGUACUACGACUGGUAUGUGGAGCCUGCCAUCUACGCUAUAGCAGCGAAACACUUCGGCGAGUCGCUGCCGCCGAUGCACGAGAUUGCGAAGAACACCAGCCUCUUGCUGCUGAACACGAGUCCCGUGUUGAACCUUCCUCGGGCCAUGGUGCCCGCGAUAGUGGAGGUGGCUGGAAUCCACUUGCCGCAACUUAAGAAGCUUCCACAGGACAUACAGAAGUUCAUGGACGAGGCCGAGCAUGGAGUGAUUCUCUUCACGUUUGGCUCAACAAUCCGGCCAGAAACUGUGCCCGAGGAGGUGACAGCGGCGAUGGCGGCGGCCUUCGCAGAGUUGCCGCAGCGCGUGCUUUGGAAGGGGAACGCGGAUGGCAUCCCCAACCUUAGCUCCAACAUCAUGAUGCGCAGAUGGCUGCCACAGACCGACGUCCUUCGUCACCCCGGGAUUCGGGUCUUCAUGACGCAUGGCGGCCAGCUGGGAGUCAUAGAGGCGGUGUACAACGCCGUCCCCAUGGUAACGAUUCCGCUCUUCGCCGACCAGCACAGGAACAGCAUAGCCUUGGUCGACAAGGGCGUCGCGGUGCUGUUACCCCUCCUCGAAACCACAAAGGAACGCAUCUUGUCCGCUUUACGACAAGUGCUGAACGACCCUGGGUACAAGGAGCGCGCCAUGGAGCUGUCGCGCGCCUUCAGAGACUGGCGGACACCGCCCCUGGAGACGGCCGUCUUCUGGUCGGAGUACGUGCUGCGCCAUGGCGGUGCCCCCCACCUGCGCUCGGACGCGGUGGAUGCGCCGCUCCCCCAGUACCUGCUGCUCGACGUGCUGGCUGCAUUCGCGGUAGCAUUCGCCUCCGUCCUGCUAUGCUGCCGCCUCCUCACCAGGAGAGUUAGUGGAGGGGUUCCCCCGGCAAGCUGA